CUCCUCCGCUUGAAACUAAUCUCGCUGUCUUGGCCACCACGCGAGUCACAGGCCGGCAGAAACCCGCGCGCGAAACAAAAGAGCGAGAGCGAGCGCACUGCGUGCUGAGCUUGCAGUUGGUGGCGAGCCUUUACUACCGCCAACCCCAAGAUUUAAUUGCGUCCUCGGCCUGCCGCCGCGCUAUCUCUCGCUUCGGAUGCCGCUGUUGCUGCUGCUGCUGCGCCUGUGGCUGCCAUAAGUAUAUCGCACUCCACGGUGAACGACCGAUCACGGGCGCGGCUGAUAGCUAAGUUAACGGGAUGGGCGAGAGGAGGCGCCGUGCCGGCGCUGUAGCCGGCCGGGCUGAGGAGGAGAAGGCUUCGGCGCCUGCGGCACCCGCGGCCCCGGCGCCGACGGUGUGGUUCGCGCUGAAGAGGUCGCUGCACUGCCGGUCCGAGCCGUCGGAGGUGCACGUGCCGAGGCCCAAGGCCGUCGCCGCCGCCGCCGCCACCGCUGGUGGCGGGGGGCACCUGUCGGCGAUUGUAACCAAGCGCGCGGCGCCGCGGUCGGGGUGCUCGCGGUCGAUAGCCAACCUGCGGGACGUCAUCCACGGGAGCAAGCGGCAUCCGGAGCGGCCGCCCAGCUGCAGCCCGAGGUCCAUCGGCAGCAGCGAGUUCUUGAACCCCAUCGCCCACGAGGUGGUGCUCAGCACCAACUCCCGCUGCGAGCUCAAGAUCACCGGCUUCGGCGGCUGCGGCGGCCUCGCGGCGGCGGGGGGCGGCGUGCUCGCGCCGCACGAGUCGGACGGCGACGGCGGCGUGGUGUCUUCGUUCGUUGGCACGCUCCGUCCUGGCACGCCGGGGCCCGGCUGGAGCCACGGCCUGCAGUACAGCGGCUCGUGCCGGGGCAGCAUGCGGUGCACGCCGCCGAGGUCGCCGAACCUGCUGCUGGACAGGGACGGCGCCGCCCCCGGGGUGACCGCCCACCGCGCGUCCUGCGAGGACGCCGUCAAGAGCGGCGGCAAGGGCGCCGUCGGUCUCAGCUGCCACCGUUGCGGCGAGCAGUUUGGCAAGUGGGAGGCACUGGAGGCGCACCACCUUUCCAAGCAUGCAGUGACGGAGCUGGUGGAAGGGGACUCGUCGAGGAAGAUCGUGGAGAUCAUCUGCCGGACGAGCCUGCUCAAGUCGGAGAGCAGCUGCGUGCGGAUCGAGCGGGUGUUCAAGGUGCACAACACGCAGCGGACGCUGGCGCGCUUCGAGGAGUACCGCGAGGCGGUGAAGCUCAAGGCGAGCAAGCUGCCCAAGAAGCACCCGCGCUGCCUCGCCGACGGCAACGAGCUGCUGCGCUUCCACGGCGCCACGCUCUCCUGCGCGCUCGGCGGCGCCGCCGGUUCAUCCUCUAGCCUCUGCGCGUCCGACAAGUGCGCCGUCUGCCGCAUCAUCCGCCACGGCUUCUCCGCCAGGAAGGAAGGCAAGGCCGGCGUCGGCGUCUUCACCACGUCCACCAGCGGCCGCGCCUACGAGUCCAUCGAGGUCCCCGGCGUCGGUGGCGGUGGCGGUGGCGACGACCCGGCCGCCACGCGCAGGGCGCUGCUGGUGUGCAGGGUCAUCGCCGGCAGGGUGCACAAGCCGCUCGAGAACCUCAAGGAGUUCGCCGGCCAGACCGGCUUCGACUCGCUCGCCGGCAAGGUCGGGCCCUACUCCAACAUCGAGGAGCUGUACCUGCUGAACCCGAGGGCGCUGCUCCCGUGCUUCGUGGUCAUCUGCAAGGCAUAACUCCGCGGUCCGGACGCAUGCAUUGCAACGACUAAUCAAUCAAGUAAUUAACCAUUCUUUCCUUCGUGUACUAGCUACCGAUCGGUUGCCAGCUUGUCGCCGUCUCUUUGUAUGAGCUAGUAUACACGUAGCUAGCUAGAAUCCAUCAGAGAUGCAUUUGUCCAUACUUGCGUGAAUGUACGUGGUGGGUACCCUUCACGUGUAACAGAGGAUUGAUUCAUCGUCUCCCUGCAGCUCACCACACAACAUCGAAUCAGCCAUGCACUGUGAAGCAAAACUAACGAUUGGUUUUGUUACUCAACUCCUUUUCGGUUUACCUGGAAUACUUUUCAUGCGUGCUCCUCGAUCUUGUCUUCUCUCACCAGUAGCUACUAGGGCUGCUGGCAUAGCAUUCUC